CUUCCUUUAUAACUAACUGAUGGCCGUUUAGGGGCUUAUGUUUGCAUAAUACUUGUAAAUUGUUAAACCCAAACUCACUAAAGAUGAGAAAAACCCUCAAUAAACCCCUUUCUACCAUUGCUGUAACAUCAAGAUUCAACUAUCCACCUUCACAAUGGGUAAAUUUUCCACUUUUCCAAGUACCCCAAUCCCAAAAAUCAAAUCUUUAUGCAGAUUUCACUUCAAAAUCCAAAUGGGUAUGUGUGGAUUUCCCUUUUUCCCAAGUACCUACCGUGUCGGUUCGGUGUACUAAAGCUCCUGCUAUGCGCAAGAUUUUGGAAAGGACCGAACUACAAAGGAUUAUUGUAUCCAAAUUAGAAAAAUCAAAUCUAUAUGUAAAUUUCACUCCAAAAUCCAUAUGGGAAUUGGCAAAUUUGCCUCUUUUCCAAGUACCCAAAUUAGAAAAAUCAAAUCUUUAUGUAAAUUUCACUCCAAAAUCCAAAAGGGUAUUCACUAGUUCUUCUAAUCUUCCACCACCAGAAUGGGUGCAGCCAUUUAUAAACCUUUCAGACUUAGUCACAGAUCACAAACCAUCACCAUGGGUAUCACAAAUCUUGAAUCUUUUAGAUAAUUCACAAUUAAUGGAGCAUAAUUUAGAUGCUUAUUGUUGCAAGUUUUUGAUUAAAUUGUCUCCAAGUUUUGUUGCAUAUUUGUUGAAAACUGAUUACCUUAAGGAUAAGCCUGAUAUCGCGUUUCGUUUCUUUUAUUGGGGUGGUAAGCAAAGGGGAUAUGUUCAUAAUUGUGAAUGUUAUGUGUAUUUGAUUCAGAUUUUGUCGUCUUCGCGUGAAUUGGAUAGGAUUAAACAUGUGUUUAGUGAGUUUAAGUGUAGUGGUUUGUUGGUGAAUGUGGUAGGAGUUAAUUCAUUGAUUAGGACUUUUGGAGAACUUGGGAUGGUUGAGGAGUUGUUAUGGGUGUGGAGACGAAUGAAAGAAAGUGGUAUCGAGCCUAGUUUGUAUACGUAUAACUUUUUGAUGAAUGGAUUGGUGAAUUCGAUGUUUAUUGAGUCUGCUGAACGCGUUUUUGAGGUUAUGGAAAGCGGGAAAGUUAAUCCGGAUAUUGUUACGUAUAAUACUAUGAUUAAGGGGUAUUGUAGGUCAGGGAAGCUUCAAAAGGCAAUGGAGAGAUUUAGAGACAUGGAGGUUACGAAAGUGGAGCCUGACAAGAUUAGUUACAUGACUCUGAUGCAAGCGUGUUAUGCGGAGGGAGAUUUUGAUUCUUGUUUGGGACUCUAUCAUGAAAUGGAGGAAAAGGAGUUGGAUAUUCCACCACACGCUUAUACGUUAGUGAUUGGAGGGUUUUGUAAAACGGGGAAGGUUCUGGAAGGGUUUACUGUUUUUGAAAAUAUGAUCAAGAGGGGUUUUAGACCUAAUCUGUCGAUUUAUACUGCUUUGAUUGACUCGUACAUGAAACAUGGUAACUUGGAUGAGGGUAUGAGGCUUUUUGACAGAAUGAGGAAUGAAGGAUUCGAACCAGAUGAGGUAACGUUUGGGGUCAUUGUAAAUGGUUUAUGCAAGAGUGGGAGGUUGGAUGAGGCCAUGCAGUGGCUUGAGUACUGUCAAAAUAACAAUGUAGCUAUCAAUGCGAUGUUUUAUUCAAGUCUUAUUGAUGGUCUAGGAAAGGCAGGGAGAGUUGAUGAAGCCAAAGAACUCUUUGAGGAAAUGGCUGAGAAGGGAUGUACGCGUGAUUCUUAUUGUUAUAAUGCGCUUAUCGAUGCCUUGGCCAAAGAUGAGAAAAUUGAUGAAGCUUUAGUUCUUUUUAAGAGAAUGGAAGAUGAAGGUUGUGAUCAGACAGUUUAUACAUACACAAUAUUGAUCAGUGGCUUGUUUAAAGAGCAUCAAAAUGAAGAGGCACUGAAGUUGUGGCAUAUGAUGAUUGAUAAGGGUAUAACUCCAAAUGCUGCUUCUUUUCGAGCCCUUUCAACCGGGCUUUGUCUUUCCGGCAAGGUGGCAAGAGCAUGUAAGAUAUUGGAUGAGCUGGCACCAAUGGGUGUUAUCCUGGAGACAGCUUUUGAAGAUAUGAUUAAUGUUUUAUGCAAGGCAGGUCGUAUAAAAGAGGCUUGCAAGUUAGCUGAUGGGAUUGUGGAUCGAGGUCGAGAAAUUCCUGGAAAAGUUCGUACUGUUUUGAUUAAUGCCUUGAGGAAGACAGGGAAUGCUGAUAUGGCGGUGAAGUUGAUGCAUAGUAAGAUUGGCAUUGGAUACGACAGGAUGGGUAGCAUUAAAAGGAGAGUAAAAUUCCGAGUUUUGUUUGAAAAGUGAGGCAUUGGAUAAAUGGUAGCAUUAAAAGGAGAGUAAAGUUUCGAGCUUUGGUUGAAAGGUGAGGCAAAAGCUGGAUAUUGGGGUUACUAUUGGGACAUUCAAGUAUGCUAUUUUGCUGUCAUGAGUGGUUAUUAGUUGAAUAUUUCGAGGCAAAAUUGACAAAGAUGUGAUCAGAUAAGCAAGGAACAUUCCAUUUGACAAAGCUAUCCAUAUCUGCCACUUUAUGGAGUUCUAACAAGCAAAGCAAGAGGAUCUUGUCUUUGGGGGAGAGGGACUUGCAGUUGCUCUAGAUUUAUUCAUCACUUAUUGUCAAUGCAUUCAGUACUGGGCCCAGGAAGAUGCGCAUUCACGGAUGACCUAGAAUCAUUUGAUAUGGAGAUAGGAAAGUGGGAGCUAGAAUACCAGCAGCAGAUGUAACUAAUCAGCGGGCAUUGCCUGUAUAGCAAGUACAGAUCAUUGUCUUUUGGAACUUCGAGUGGAUCCUUGGAGCAGCGCGAUCACCUUGUUAGUUUCCAAGCCAUUUCCGAGGAGAGUAAACUAUACCAGGCAAGCCCUGUGUCAUGAGCUCUACCGAGAAAACAUGCGGGAUCUCCUUGUUCAACCAACUUGGCCACCUUUGCUGGUAUAAUAAUUGAUAUACAUUCUAAUUGUAAUUAGUCAUUAUAGUUUGAUGUAAACAUUGACGCAGGUGAAUAUUUUCUCCAGACUAAGCUCGUAGCCUGUCGGCUAAAGAGGAAAAAAUAUCUCCUCUCACUAGCCUAUGUUACAGAUUGAGGAUUUAGUACUGCAUUUUAAGUCCAAUGUACUUUGAUAUCUUAAGAGAAAAUACAAUUGGUCCUUAUCAGAUUCUGCUAGAUAUUGAAAUCUUGCCACAUGCUAUUGUAAUAAUUUGGAAGUAUUACUAUUACCUCCAAAAUAAAGUGCAGAAUA